UUUUUCCUCAAUAUAUUUGCUUUGCAGAAGGAUAAAAAAGAUAAAUCUGAAAAGCAGAAACUGAAAAAGCAUAUAUCCUUAUUAGCAGAGACUGAGUUAUUGGAUUUGGAGUUGGAGCCACCAAAACCAAAGAAAAUGAAAAAAAAGAAAGAAAUGGCUGAUAAAAAUGAAGAUACAGUUGCAGAAUGCAAUACAACAUCCCGUAUGAGUAAUGGGGUAAACCACUCAAAAAAGGAGAAUAAUUCAUGCGUAGACUCACAAACAGAAUGUGAAAGUGAUCAAGAUCCGGAAUUAACAGCAGAACAAAAGGAAGGUGCUUUUGCCAAUUUUGAUAUCUCUAAAGCGACCCUUGAUCUUCUGAAAGCUCGUGGUGUUACCUACUUGUUUCCGGUACAAGUGAAGACUUUCAAUCCUAUAUUUGAAGGCAAAGAUGUAGUAGCCCAAGCUCGAACAGGAACAGGGAAAACAUUCUCAUUUGCAAUUCCAUUAAUUGAAAAACUUGAUAGAGAUCCACAGGAAAGAAAAAGAGGCCGUGCACCAAAGGUAUUAGUUCUUGCUCCAACCAGAGAAUUGGCAAUGCAAGUUGCCAGAGACUUCAAAGAUAUUACAAAGAAACUUACUGUGGCUUGUUUUUAUGGAGGAACAGCAUAUAAUGGACAGUUGGAUCUAAUUAGAAAUGGCAUUGACAUCCUGGUUGGGACUCCUGGUCGAAUAAAAGAUCACCUUCAAAAUAACAAAUUGGACAUUUCUAAACUGAAGCAUGUUGUCCUGGAUGAAGUUGAUCAGAUGUUGGACAUGGGAUUUGCUGAACAAGUAGAAGAAAUCUUAGUGAAUUCUUAUAAGAAAGACUCUGAAGAUAAUCCGCAGACACUCUUGUUUUCUGCAACUUGCCCUCAGUGGGUUUACAAGGUAGCAAAGAAAUACAUGAAAUCCAAAUAUGAGCAAAUUGAUCUUAUUGGAAAGAAGACUAAAAAAACUGCCACGACCGUAGAGCACUUGGCCAUUGAAUGUCAUUGGUCCCAAAGAGCUGCAGUGAUUGGAGAUGUUAUUCAAGUCUACAGUGGAAGUCAUGGACGAACCAUAAUAUUUUGUGAGACAAAAAAAGAAGCAACUGAACUGGCUCUUAAUGCCUCAAUAAAACAGGAUGCACAGUCUUUACAUGGCGAUAUUCCACAAAAGCAGAGAGAGGUCACAUUGAAAGGCUUUCGUAAUGGAUCGUUUGAAGUUCUGGUUGCAACUAACGUAGCUGCUCGUGGUUUAGAUAUUCCAGAAGUAGAUCUAGUAAUACAGAGUUCACCACCAAAGGAUGUAGAGUCUUACAUUCACCGCUCUGGACGCACAGGCCGAGCUGGACGAACUGGGGUUUGUAUCUGUUUCUAUCAACGCAAGGAGGAUUAUCAGCUGAAACAAGUAGAACAAAAAGCGGGCAUUACAUUUAAACGUGUAGGUGUUCCUACAGCAACAGACAUAAUUAAAGCCUCCAGUAAAGAUGCAAUCAGAUCUUUGGAUUCUGUACCUCCAUCUGCCGUUGACUACUUCAGACAAUCUGCUGAACGGCUGAUAGAAGAAAAGGGGGCCGUGGAAGCUCUGGCUGCAGCCCUGGCUCAUAUUUCAGGAGCUACGUCCAUUGAACAGCGUUCUUUACUCAACUCUGAUGCGGGUUAUGUGACCAUGAUACUUCAGUGCUCAGUACAGAUGCAUGCCACUGGUUAUGCUUGGCGGGGUCUGAAAGAACAACUGGGUGAGGACAUUGACAACAAAAUAUCCAGAAUGUGUUUUCUCAAAGGAAAAAUGGGCGUAUGUUUUGAUAUUCCAGUAGCUGAACUAAAUAAAAUAAAGGAAACAUGGCAAGAUACAAGACGCUGGCAGCUUUCUGUAGCAACUGAAUUGCCUGAGCUUGAAGAUUCACCACGUGAGGGAGGCCGAAAUUCAGGCUCAGAAUUCAGGAAUGGAAGACGAAGUGGUGGUUUCAACAGGCAUGACCGAUUCAGAAACAGGGGCCAAAAACGAAGCUUUAACCAAGCUUUUUGAUAAUUUGUUAAUAUAUCUAAAUGGGACUGAAUCUCUUGUUUUAUCAGAAGUAAAAUUAAUUUACACUUUA